GCCCCGCUACGUAUAACUCCGUAAGAAACAUUUGAACAUUUGUUUAAUUGUUUACCGUGUUUACAAGCAACAAAUUACAAAUUGAAACUGUUUUUAUGGUUGUUACGGCUGUUAUGUUUGGCGGGGUAGAAUUAUUAGGUCGCAGCUGAAUUUUUUUUAAAGUACCUAUACAUAUUCAAGUGGACGUGUCGCAUUUCGAUUUUUAAAGAUGGAAUCAAAAAGGUCUCGUUGCUGCUCGUCCACGAUGUGCUGCGGCAUGCCGGUGGAAAAAGGGUGCUUCAUAUUCUCGGUCGUCAAUAUCGUUAUAUGCAGUUUGGGUGCACUCGCCAGCCUCGGUUCCCUGAUCUUCAUCCUAGUCCUGUGGUGUAACCCCACGGUCCUCAGCGAGGUGGUGGUAGACUGGACGUACAUAGGCAUAAGCGUGGCUAGCUGCGUUGGCUCAGUCAUAGCGCUUACCUUCGCGGUUGCACUCUGCCAUGGUUUGCGUAAGAACAAGAAACGCUACAUAAUGGCGUACCUGAUAUACGGGAUGAUCUCAGUGGCCCUGAGCGCCAUAGGCACCGUGGUUUUCAUCUGGCUGGCGUGGGGUCAACUGUACGUUGUGUUAUACGCAAUGAUCCCCCUUGGGGUUUGCGUAAUAUAUUCGAUAACGCUGCUGCUUGUGUACCAGACAUACGUGGUGCUUUCCGAACGCGCCCCCGUCACGGGACACACCAGAUUGCUCACUACGGAUGAUUGUUGAAAAUACUCCACUCUACGCCACAUUAACUAAUUGAGAAGAGAGAGAUUGUAAAAUUUGUGAAUAAGGCGGUCAAAAAUUGUUAUUUACGAUACAAGUGCGGAAACUAGGAAAUUCGCUAUUGAUGAUAAAUUAAAACACGACCGAAGGGAGAGUUUUAAAUCGACACGAGUUGCGAAUUACCUAUUCGCUUGUGUAUCGUAGGUACAAUUACACGCUCGUAAUUAUCUAGUGUCGCCGUUGCCGAUUACGGCAUGGAUAUAUAUUCGCACGUGUUUUGUAUAACGUUUUACAGUAUACCCUUUACAUUUUCGACAUAUGAUGCACGGAAAGUGCUUAUUCCC